GUAACUUUAAUAGCCGCCAUCUUCACUAUGUUCUAAGCUCAACACCAACAUUUGCAACAACAUAGGUCAUUACCGAGAUAUUAGGUACUGCCACUACUUCUGUUAAAUUAUCUUGCAUAGAGACUCAACUGAGGCUUUCUUUACUCGAUAUCGAUAUCAAUCUCCCAAACAUUACCUACUAGGUAUCUUUACUGUCUCUGUUACUAUCAAGAAUCACUCGGUAUCAUUCCAAACACCACCACCAAUUCCAGCAAAACCGAACCAACAAUGCUCCGCCGACCGCCAACAACCCUCACACUCACAGCCGAGGACGUCGCGUCCUACGAAGACCGACGAUACGCGACGCAAACCCAAUCGCAACCACAAACCCAAGCACCCUCCCGAGCAGCUUCUCACCAACCAUACUCGCACCAACCCCAACCAACAGCAAUGGACACCUCCCCCUCCAUAACCCCGUCCCCGCCCCCCGCAGGCGACGACGAAGACAUGCAAGACGUAGACGUCGACGUGGACGACGCCGACGUAACCGACCCCUUCAUAACCGCGCCCCGCCGCGCCGCCCGGGACCAAUUCACAACGCGGGAAGUCUCUCCCGGCGCCGUGCGCGCCGCGUACCUGCAACAAGUACGCGCAACCAGAAGCCAACAACAACAACAACAACAGCAACAACAACAACAACAAACCCCCGUCCCCACCGCCCCCCAAACCCGAAUGCAGCGGAUCACCGGCUCCAGCACGCAAACCGUAAGCGCGCCACGAACACGCACAGCAACAAGUCGGCAAGGGAGCAACGAGCCAUCAGCAGUGCCAGCCCCAGCGCCCGGACGUAUGAUGACGCGGAGCAGGGAGGAGCGGAUCGGGGUAUCUGGGACGGGGGCGAAUGCGGGAGCGGGAGGGGGACCGAGACGGCGGUAGGGGCGCGCUCGGACACGGCCUGGUCCUUACGAUUUGUAUAUAUCCCUUUUGAGUCUUGUGUAUUUUGGCGCUGAUUGAUGUAUGUAGGUGAUUGGGAAUGGGAGUUGGAGGUCUUGGAUAUGCUCUUUUUCACUCUCGUGUACGCUAUGCUGGACUCGAGGUUUCUUGCCUCGUCUCUUGAGUGAAAUGAAGGGCUGGGAUACCUUUCCCGUGUCGCUACUUACUGUGUCUGCAUGGUAGUUGGUGGCUCUCCUGUCGGUGCGUAUCUGCCUGGGACUUUGCUAGCUGCUUGUCAGUGAAACGUUAUCCUAUUUUAUAGGUAGACUUUGCCUGGCAGAGUGGUUUAAAUGCGAGAGAACUCGUAACUGGUGGAAGUAGAGGCCAGACAAUGAUCGUUGUGGGAAGUUAGGCAUGAGGUGGGAGAUGGGCGCUGUUAAUUCAUUUGGUAGAGGAGGGUGAUGAGGAGAGAAAGCGGUUCUUUGAGGAAAAGAUUUAUGGGAGCUCCUGAGUUUAUGGGCUAAGUCACGGUCUACGCUCGAUUCCUAAGCCUUUCUGAUGGAGAAUAUCGAGGUAUGCUAUAUGCUCUUAUGAAUCUUUACAUCUAUUCUAGAUAGGAGCCAACCGCUAAUCAACUGUUC